AUGGUCCUCUCCGGCUUUCUCGGCGCCAGCGACCGUCCGUCAGCCGGCCGUGCCAAGGUGACCGUCGAGUCGCAGGACCUUCAAGCCGAGUACAUCCACGACGAGGCCCAGCUUCCGUGCAUCCCGCCCGAGCGGCCGAACCUCCGCGACCUCAACAGCAGCCUCGCCGCCUUGGCCGCCGUCUUCCCCGACGUCCAGGUCGAGGUCUUCCGGGAGCUGCUUUCCAACUUUGACGGCGAGUCGAGGCUGGCACUCGUCGCCGACGCCCUGCUCAAGAACCGAGUCGACUGGGUAAAGGGCCGCUGGAGGACCGUCGAACCCCUGGCCCGCGCGACCGAGGGGGUGCCGCGGGUCGAUGCCUUUCGGAGCCGCGAGUACGUCGGCGCCGUCCGUGCUCUCGCCUGGCACGAGUUCAGGGGCCUGUCCCGGUCGACCAUCAACGCCGUCCUCGCCGAGUCCAACCACUCGUACCUCGACGCCCGACGGACCCUCGUCGCCCUCUCCACCAAGUCCUGGCGCUUCACCAUCUCGUCCCUCUUCCUGCGCCGCAGGCCCGUGGCCAAGGCCGAGAACCACCCGCUCGUCGUCUGGCGACCGACGGGUCGAGGGCACCUCGUGCCCGCCAUACGCACCUCCGGCAACGCCGAACUCGACCGCGAGCUGUACGACGCCCUCGUCCGGCCCGUCCAGGAGAGGGAAAGGGCCGCCCGAGAGGCCGGCGAUCGCACGCUCGCCGCGAAGCUAAACGACGAAGAGGCCGAGGCGGCCGAGGCGACGCACGAGUGCAUGUGCUGCUUCGUCGCCUGCGCCUUCGAGCACUUCACCAGCUGCACCCGCCGCGGUCACAUGAUCUGCUUCCGGUGCGUUCGGGAGUCCAUCAAGGAGGCCCUCUUUGGCCAGGGCUGGACGAGAAACAUCAACGCCGAGACGGGCACGCUCAAGUGUCCCGCCGUCGACGGCGACGAGUGCGCCGGCUGCAUACCGUCCGAUCACAUCCACCGCGCCCUCACCGCCGAGGCGUCGGGUGCCGACAUGCUGCACAAGCUUGACCAGCGCCUCGCCGAGCACAGCCUCGUCGGCUCCCGCCUGCCUCUCAUCCACUGUCCCUUCUGCAGCUACGCCGAGGUCGACGACAUCUUUUUGCCCUCGCGCGAGGGCAGGCCGCGCAUCUGCACCGGUAGCGUCUACAAACUCCUCUUCCUCUGCCUCUGCCUCUGCCUCGUCGUCCUCACCAUGCCGGCUCUCUUGCUGUCCUCUCUCGUCUGCCUCCUCCUCACGACCCAUCAGACGCUCUGGAAGCACGCCGCCUCCGAGUGGCAAAAGGCCCUGACGAGGCACUGUCGCCGCCGCCGCGGCCUUCGCUUCUCGUGCCAGAACCCUCGAUGCGGCCGCGUAUCCUGCCUCUCUUGCCACAAAUCCUGGACCGACAUUCACGUCUGCCACGAAUCCUCGCUCGUCGCGCUCCGGACCCAGGUGGAGCAGGCCAUGAGCAUGGCCGUCAAGCGCGUCUGCCCUCGCUGCAGCACUUCCUUUGUCAAGAACGCCGGCUGCAACAAGCUCACCUGCCCUUGCGGCUACAAGAUGUGCUAUGUCUGCCGCGCCAACCUCGACGACGAAGGUUACCGUCACUUCUGCGAUCACUUCCGGCCCGACGGCGACCCCCGGCCCUGCACCGAAUGCGACCGCUGCAAUCUCUGGCAAUCGGAGGACACGGAGCGCGUCCUGGCCGAAGCCCGUGCCGAGGCCGAGCAUCGCUGGCGCGAGGCCGAGCAGCGCGACCUCUCGGGCGCCGAAAAAGCCUUUGUCGAGACGGGCGUUGCCGUCCGCGCCCCCGACAUCUCCCUCGGCCGCCUCUUCUCCCGCGGCCGCGUGCCGACCCUGGCUGAUGUGCUUGACCUUGCCGUCGAAAUUUUGUUCGUCUAG